GCCACUAAAGCUAACUCUGUGUGUUAUAUUUAAACAACAUUUUUUCUUUUGCGUCCUGAAAUGGAAGACGAGGUGGUGAGUGCCGAAAAACAUACACUCCUCCAAUUAAAGGCCUGGUGUACGGCCGUUGGCGUAAACGCAAACGGUGCAAAAGCGUCGCUCGCGGCAAGGCUGAGCCAGUUGUCAGAAGAAGCGCGCGGAUUGUGCCCAGCAAGCGAAUCAGUAGAUCUGAUUUAUGAGGUCAGUGACAACGUUACCGGAAGAAACAACGAGUCGGACAGUGACGCAGACACCAUAGCAGCACACAACGUAGCGGUCAACGUGGCGGACAAAGUAGCGGUAAACGUAAUGGACAAAGUAGCGGACAAGGUGACGGUCAACGUAGAGGAUACUGCAAAAAAUGUAGCUGCCAAUGCAGCGGUCAAUGAAGCAGGGAAUACAAUGGCAAAUUUAGUGGACAAUAGUGCAGAAAAAAAGGCGUACUACAAGGUAGAGGACAACGGUGAGAAGGUACAGCAAUGGCAAGGUGACACGGUCGUGGAAGUCACUGACGACGACGGCGCGGUUCGUGUGCAAAAGGCGUUAGCACGUAUAUGUAGCGGUACAUUCGGAGACCGUUUAACGAGAAACAGCGACGCCAAAGAAAAAAACGGUAUGUCGAACAGUACAGUAGAAGACAGCAUAAAAAUUUCACUGCUGCAGAGAGAAAUUGAGCUGCUGAAGUUACAAAAGGCUCAAUUGGAACGAGAGAAAACAAUAAGCAAAGUAGCGACUGAAGGUGUAGCGUUUGAGACAUUGAAGGACGUAAUACCUGCGUACGAUGGCGGCGACGGGUUCAAAGCCUGGCAUAACCAGUUGCUGCAUUUGCGCGAGGUAGUACAAGUAAACGACGCUGUGCUAGGAGUCGUUAUUCACACCAAGCUAAAAGGUGCAGCCCUGGCGUGGUACAACGCAAAGCCUAUGUUUCCUAAAAAGGUUGACGAAUUGCUACGUGAGAUGGAGUCAGUGUUCGGGGCAGGUGAGAGUAAGCUUGAUCGCCGCAGAAAAUUCGAGAAGAGAAUGUGGUCAUCCGAAGAAAGCUUCGCCAACUACUUCAACGAUAAAUGUUUGCUGGGCGGCGAACUGAACUUGGGUGAUGAGGAACUCGCAGAUUACCUCAUAGAAGGCAUUCCUGAUAGACAACUCCGCAAUCAGGCCAGGUUACAAAACUUCACCACAGCCAACGACGUACUAAGGGCGUUCCGCUCUAUAAGUCUACCAGAGCAUACGGAACCAAAACAACGAACGGUCGAAAGGAUGCGGUGUUACAACUGCAAUUGCUCGGGUCACUAUGCUAAAGAUUGUCGGAAACCGAAGAGGGAAGCUGGUUCCUGCUUCGCUUGUGGACAGCUAGGCCAUUACGCAGCGGAGUGCAAACAACACAAAAAAAACAAGAACACGUUUAAUGUUUAGUCGACUCAGGAAGCCCAGUCAGCCUGAUUAAGCAAGUUCUAGUACCAGCAGGAGCAAAAUUAGAA